AUGGAGCGCAUCAGGGAACUGCUAGGCAAGCACCACAAGCCGGAUCGGCAAGAGUACGAGCCUCUCGCCGAGGAGGGCCGGGAACUCGACGGCUCCACGCUGGAGGAAGACCCGGAGGAGGUGCCGUUCUCGUGGACCGAGUACAUCAUGUUCGCCUGGCUGGGCAUGGCGAUGCUAUGGGCCUGGAACAUGUUCCUCGCAGCAGCCCCAUACUUCCAAGUCCGCUUCCAAUCCGACGUCUGGAUAUCCCAAAACUUUCAAUCCGCCAUCCUCACCGUCUCGACCCUCACGAACCUCACCGCCAUGCUCAUCCUCACGAACAUCCAAUACGCCGCCUCCUACCCCUUCCGCAUCAACCUCGCCCUCCUCCUCAACUGCGUAAUCUUCUCCUUCCUCACGGCCUCAACCUCCUUCGCCCUCGACGUCUCACCCGGCGCCUACCUCGCCUUCAUUCUCCUCAUGGUCGCUUCCAGCUCCUGGGCCACAGGGCUCAUCCAAAACGGCGCCUUCGCCUUCGCCGCCUCCUUUGGUCGGCCCGAGUACAUGCAGGCCUUGAUGGCGGGGCAAGGUGUAGCCGGCGUCCUCCCGCCCAUCGCGCAGGUCAUCACCGUCCUCGUCGUCCCCGAAAAGGACACCACGAACUCCACCACGACCGCCCAAGACGACAUCAAGUCCUCGUCCUCCUCGGCGUUCGUCUACUUCCUCGCCGCCGUCGCCGUCUCCGUUUCCGCCCUGCUGGCUUUUAUCCCCCUCGUCCGCCGCCACAACCGCAUCAUCGAAGCCCGCAUGGUCAACACCCUCGCCGAGUCCCUCACCUCGGUCGAAGAAGCCGAGCGCGCCGCCCGCAAGGUCGUCUCCCCGCUCACCUUACUCCGCAAGCUCCACUGGCUCGCCGGUGCCAUCUUCAUGUGUUUUUCGGUCGCCAUGUUCUUCCCCGUCUUCACGGGCAAGAUCCUAUCCGUCCGCUACCCAGGCGAUGAAAAGUCCCCCGCAGGCAUCCUCUUCCGCCCGGCCGCUUUUAUCCCUCUUGCCUUCUUCGCCUGGAACCUUGGCGACCUCUCCGGCCGCAUGGCCACUAUCCUCCCCUUUUCCCUACGCCACCGGCCCGCGGCCCUCUUCGGCGUCAGCCUCGCCCGCAUCGGCUUCCUCCCGCUUUACUUACUGUGUAACAUCGGCGGCCGCGGCGCCGUCGUCAGCAGCGACUUCUUCUACCUGGUGGUCGUGCAGUUCUUCUUCGGGCUGACCAACGGCUGGCUCGGCUCAAGCUGCAUGAUGGCCGCGGGCGAGUGGGUCGAGGACGGCGAGCGCGAGGCCACGGGCGGGUUCAUGGGCUUGUGCCUCGUUGCUGGGUUGACGACGGGUAGUCUUUUGAGCUUUACUGCUGGUGGUAUUUGA